GAAAACGCAUCCAUCCACAACCACCACCAACAUAGUCACCAAUCACCAGAUCGCCACCAGAACUCAUCCUCACAGUAUUGAAGCGAAACACUCCCGAGUCUUCGAAAACAUGCCAUCUCUUCCUCACCGUCUCUGCGCUCAUCUCCAAAACACAUCCCGCGCAUUCGCCAGCAUCACCCCCGUUCCCUAUUCCCGCACCUCGCUCGCCGUAACUUCCAUUCUCCUACGUCAGGGUCUCAUAUCCAAUCUCACCUUCGGCUCACCCUCGUCCCCCGAUCCCUCCGUCUUUCCUAAUUUACCGGUCAGCGAACGCACACUCUGGGUCUACCACAAGUAUCGUGAUGGUCGACCCGUUCUGAAACACAUCAGCCUCGUCUCUCGACCCAGCCAACGACUCGUGUUGGAUAAUAAAGAGAUUGGACUGCUGCUUACGGGAAGAAGGGCGAAGAGGAUACCAGGAGUGGGUCUGGGAGAGUUUCUGAUCAUACGUGUGGUGAAAAGCCAAGGGAGGCAGGGGACCGGAACGGCACAGGAGACUGGGGUGUAUAUGGAGGGGUGGGAAGCUUGGAGGGCUGGAAUGGGAGGCGAAGUGGUUUGUCGGGUUGGAUAGUCUUGAGCUGGCACACGAGACAGGGGGUGGGAGUUAGGAAUCAGCGAAACGGAAGGACGAAGAUGGGAAUGUGGACAAGAAUAACGCACCUGUUACGUCGAAGGGAGACAAAAUGUGCAAGAAGCCACAUCGGGGGAAGGGAAAGGCAAAGGAUUCGAAGAGCGGAAUGCGUCAAGGCAGAGUCGGGGUCGUCGUAUCAGUUCGGCACGCAGACUGUAGAUUCUAUUUGCAUCGAUAUGACUGAU